AAUCUGUGCCUGCAGGGGCAGAGAAUAUGACAACUUAAUUGCUUAUCUGUCCCCCCCACCCCCAACCCCCCUCAGGCUCUAUUUUAUAUUUUUUUUUAAUACUCAGCUUCCCGUGCCGUCUGCCACACCUGCCUGCCAAGCUGCAGCUCCGAUGGGCGCGGCUGGGACCGGAGCCCAAAUCUGUGUUUUGACUCGCCUGGGAAAGUUGAGCGAAAAGGCACAAAAGAAGCGAAGGGAGUUUGGGGGAACAUCCCCGCACGCUCUGCGCGUCAGCUCCACACUGACGCAUUGUUCUUCCACGGGAUAAGUCUCUGCGUCCUGAGAGGAACCCGACUGCUACAAGGAGAGUGCUUGAAGAUAAGAUGGGAUGGACGAGUUAACAAAGCAGAUGGAGAUCUCGGGAGAAAAGGUUCUGACAGAAACCGUAACCUCCUCCACCCGACUGACUUCUCUCCCACCAAAGGGAACCAGCGGAUCAAAUCACAGGAAUAUGUCCAGCGGUGCCGGAGGGCUGGGUUUUGAGAAGAAUGUCUUAACGCAGAACAGCAGUGGAACCUACUUCUCCUCAUCCUCUAUAGGCGUGACGAGUAACUACAGCUCCUCCUCAGGAAUCUACCUGGGAGGAGAUUCCUCUGGAGGAGGUGAAGGUGGCGGAAGCUACAUCGAUGGAGAGGGCUAUGGGAGCGGAGGAGGAGGGAGAGGAGGAAGCAGUGGAAGCACUUAUCUCGUGAGCUCCGUGUCAAAGGUUCGGUCCAGCUCGUCGGGCGGUGCCAGGAGAGCUCAGACUGGAGGGACAUCAGUGGGGCUGUCGCCAGGUUUCCGAGAGAGGAAGACCAUAGCCAGCCGCUCGGGAGGCUACGACGGGAGCUCCAGUGGUAAUUCCUCCCCAGAAUUUUCACGCAAAGACUAUGGGAACUACUGCUCCGGCGCCACAAGAGGGAGGAGUGAAAGCAGAGAGAGCGAGAUCAGAGCCAGAUUACAAAGUGCCUCCCCAUCUGCCGGAAGAUGGGCAGAGUUGGAAGAUGUGAAGAAGCUGCUGAAGGGACGCUCCAGCAGCGUCAGUCCGACCCGCUCCUCCGCCUCAGUCACCCUGCCAGUACCUAAAAAAGCCAGCGUGGAGACCAAGACCGUCUCAGUGGCCACUCAGUCAGCUUCGACUCUGUUUGAGCCUGUUGCUCAGAUGAAUGGGUUCAACACCAUCGACGUGUCGGGCCUCUACGACAGCAGACUGACAUCCAGGCAGCGCGACUCUGGUGUCCAAACAGGCCAACACACUGUCACAGUAAAGUCAUGCCACUGUGACGCUGGAGUCAAAUCCAGCCAGUAUGACGUUAGCCUGAGUUCAGGUCAGUACGAUCCUGGUCUGAAGUCAAGCCAGUAUGACGUUUGCCUGAGCUCAGGUCAGUACGAUACCGGCCUGAAAUCUGGACGAUAUGACAUGAGUCUGAAAUCGGGCCAGUACGACACCGCCGGGAGAUCAGGCCAAUACGACACCCUGGAUUCAGCCUUUCCCACUUUCUCCUGGUCCACCUCCACGCUGCCCUCCUCCUCCACGACCGUCGUCGCUGGCAACACCAGCAGCUACACCUACCAGCUCGGUCAGGUCAGCGCCAACAACAUGUCGGGAGGCGCCCCGCCGCUCAGCCCCGUCCCACAGCAAUCUCUGUCAGUUUAUGGCUUUCAGAAUAAUCUGGCUCCCACCUCUAUCGGUGUGCUCACCACCAGCGGCGGCAACGUAACCACUAACCUGGGAGGGUAUGGCGUCCAGAAGAACGUGUCAAACGGCAGUGCUGUCAUAAGCUCUGGGAUCUCUACAGCCACCAGGUCCCAAACCGAUGACGUCUACAAGAGAGACUACAGAUAUAUGGCCUCUGAAAAGGAGAACGUUCCUGCCAGGAGGGAGGGAGAAAUGCUCAUUCUGGCAAAAGACAGUGGCAAGCAGUUUACCACCACCACCAGCAGCACUCAUAUAGCUGGAGGUUCACUUUCAGGAGACUCAAUAAAGAAGGAGAAGCUUAUUUCCAGCUACGUUGACACGGGCACUCUGAAAGCAGAGACAGGCAAUUCAUACUACGGAUCAUCCGGAGUCCUGAUGAAAGACAAGGCAACCUAUGCAGAGAUCCGCAGAGACAGCGGCAUCUUUGGGGGAGGAGGACUGUGCUGCUGCUCCGACUCCUGCUGCUCCUGGUGGAAGUGGCUGCUGGGCUUGCUGCUCCUCUGCCUGCUUCUGCUCGGGCUCCUGUUUGGCCUCAUUGCAUUGGCCGAGGACGUGAGGAAGCUCAAGAAGCGAGUGUCGACUCUGGAGACCGAGGUCUCAGUCGCCAAUGCUCACACUAGUCGGCUGUCGGGUUCUUCCAAUGACAUCAACACCUAUGUGAGCGGUGGAGGUGGAGGCACCGGCACUGACAACACACUAGUCCACGGAUUCGGAGGUGCAGGUGGAGGUGGAAGCUCGGACUCCAAAAUGCAAAUCAUUAUUGCUGGUGCUGGUGCAGGCGGAUCUGCCAGUCGGAAUGAUGCUGAUGUCGGCGUUGUGGGUGCCGGAGGUGCUGGAGGGGCUGUUGGAGCUGGAACUAGCUCCAGUAGCAGCUCUGGUACCAGUUUCAGUGGGAGCGCCGGCAGUGCUGGUACCAACUUGAGCGGCGGUGCUGGGAGUGCUGGUACCAGUUUCAGUGACGGUGUCAGUGCAGGUGGUGCCGGUUUCGGCGGCGGCACCAGCAGUUCCGGUACCAGUUUUGGUGGCGGCACUGGCAGUUCUGGUACCGGCUUUGGCGGCGGCACCGGCAGUUCCGGUACCGGCUUUGGCGGCGGCACCGGCAGUUCCGGUACCGGUUUCGUCAUUGGCACCGGUGUUGGGACCAGCGGUGGUGUCAGCGGUGGGACCGCAGUGAGUGGAAGAUACAUAGAUAGCGCCUUCCUUCAGAUGGCCAUCCAUCAAAUGUUGAGGUCAGAAAUGCAGUCACAGGCAUUCAGAGGCUUCCUGGCAUCCUCAGUGCAGGGAGAGAGGGGAUUACCUGGACCUAAAGGGGACUCUGGAUUGAAAGGGGAACCUGGUUUCCCUGGAAUUCCAGGCACACCAGGUCCAAUGGGACAUGCUGGUCCUGAGGGUCCCAAAGGACAGAAAGGAAGCCAAGGUGAGCAUGGAGUGGAAGGGCCACCAGGUAUCAGGGGUCGCGAAGGACCACCUGGGCCUAGAGGCGACCCAGGACCUGCAGGCUUUGGACUCAAAGGGGAUAAAGGUGAAGCUGGAUCUGUUGGACCUGCUGGGGCCCCUGGACAAAAAGGUGCACAAGGAAUUCAAGGGUUACACGGGUCACCUGGUCCCCAGGGUUUCCGUGGUGAGGCAGGACUACCUGGACCAAAAGGUGAUAGAGGGCUUGCUGGAUUCCAAGGACUCAAAGGUGAAACAGGUGAAAAGGGAUCCAGAGGUCUGCAAGGGGAACCUGGUUUACCAGGACCAGCAGGAGAGAAAGGCUCCAAAGGAUCCAUGGGACUUUCUGGACAAGACGGUGAAAAGGGAUCAAGAGGUGACCAGGGACCACCUGGCCCGCCUGGACUCAGGGGUUCUGCUGGGCCUCCUGGAGAUGCCGGACUUCCAGGAACACCAGGGCUUCAAGGACCACCAGGAAUUCCAGGAAAUCCCGGCCGACCAGGAGCCAAAGGUGAGCCCGGUCAAGCUGGACGAAUCAUCAACGCAGCCGGCUCUACUUCUGUUGGCAUCCCAGGGCCACCUGGACCUGCUGGGCCCCCGGGUCCCGCUGGUCCUCCGGGACUGUCAGGUCCCAUUGGCCCUGCUGGUCUGCCUGGCCCACCUGGUCCUAAAGGUGACAGAGGAUAUAAGGGAGAGCAGGGAGAGACUGGGACAACCAGGGAAACCAUAUAUUCAUCUACAGCAGAGAGGCAGUUUGGUGCUGGAGGAAGCUCCUCUUUCCAUGGCAUACCUGGGCCACCGGGUCCACCUGGGCCUCCCGGACGUCCAGGCGACUCGAGACAAGGACCUCCAGGACCACCAGGGCCUCCAGGUUAUGGGAUACCAGGACCUAAAGGAGAAAAGGGAGAUGUGGGUUUCGCAUCCAGCUCAGGAACAUAUUAUUCUGGACCGCCAGGACCUCCUGGACAGCCUGGACCUAAAGGAGCAACAGGCUCUCCUGGACCCCGCGGAUACACAGGUGAGCAAGGCCCACCGGGCGUGCCUGGGACGCCAGGAAGAGCAGGAAGCUCCGUUGCGUAUGGAGGAAACACGGUUCCUGGACCACCGGGUCCACCGGGGCCUCCUGGUCUCCCAGGGUUACCUGGAGUGAAGGGAGACACUGGAGCUCCAGGAAUUCCAGGCGCAUCAAGAGGUUCAGUCUCAGUCACCUCGGGCCCCGCUGGGCCCCCAGGACCCCCAGGACCUCCCGGCCUCCCAGGUUCCUUCGCUUCCUCCACCGAGAUGCGGCAGUACAUUUCAGACUACCUGAGUAGAUACAGACUGAGCAGUCUACCUGGCCCUCCAGGUCCACCCGGGCCUCCAGGACUCCCAGGAACCUUCUCAGGAUCUAUAGACGACAUCGCUACUCGCAUCAUUGCAUACCUGCGACGUUCAGACUCAGGCUUCAGCAUCGGCAUUCAGGGACCUCCAGGACCGCCUGGUCCUCCUGGGCCUGCCUCUGGCUCCCUGACCGUCAGCGCUCUCAUCGCCAUGCUUCAGAGAGAUGACGUGAGAAGAUAUUUGUCUGGACCACCUGGGCCUCAAGGACCUCCCGGACCCCCAGGGGCCUCAGGAGGACUCUCCGGCACUUACAGAAUAGAGGAGGUAGCCACAUAUGUCUUCAAUAUCAUGAACGAGAGGGGGAUUGCGAGAGGCCCGCCAGGUCCACGAGGUCUACCGGGCCCCCCCGGAGCUCCAGGCGCAGGAGGCUCUGGCUUCACCACCGCUACCAUCGACUACUCGGCUCUGAUCCGAAAUUCAGAUUUCCGUUCCUGGAUCACUUCCGCUGUGCAGCAAGGUCCUCCUGGUCCUCCAGGUGUCCCAGGGCUGCCAGGGCCUCCUGGUCCUCAGGGGCCCCCAGGGAUCUCCACGGCGACGGUGUACGGAUCGGGAAGUCGUGGCUACAGCUUGGAGGAAAUUCAGCGCUACCUGCAGGGUUCUGGAUUCAGAGGUCUCCCUGGACCCCCGGGCCCCCCAGGUCCCCAGGGGCCACCGGGCGCUGUCACCGGAUCAGUGACCUACAGUGGAAAUUUCCCUCGGGAGAGCAUCCGCGCUGAAAUUCAACAGUAUCUGUCUAGUGACAGCGUUCGACGUACCAUUGUCGGGCCUCCAGGUCCUCAAGGUCCGAAGGGUCAGAGGGGAGAUCGCGGAGAGCCUGGCUACUCCCAGAGCUACAUUCAGAGCCAGAGCUACCAACAACAGAGCGACGAUCGCUACGGCUCCCAGCGCAGAGACGUCGAUGUCAGCAGGCUCACCGAGAUGCUCGACUACUCCAACGUCGCCAUGAAAGUUACAGACUACAUUAAGAAUCAAGGCCUGCUGCAGCAGUACAUCUCCGACGGUUCAUGGAGGACAAACGUCCGAGCAAUUCAAGGACCCCCAGGUCCUCCGGGCCCUCCAGGACCGCCCGGCCACAGCCGUGUGAUUGGCUCCUACGGCAACGUCACAGCUGACCUCAUGGACUUCUUCAGGAGACACGGCACCGUUCCCGGCCCGCCAGGAAGCCCAGGUCUAAAGGGAGACAGAGGGUAUCCAGGACCCAAAGGAGACAAGGGUGAUCCGGGACCUCCAGGUUUACCUGGAAUCCCAGCGCCCCUCACUGUUCAGAUUCCACACAAAGUGCAAAAGAGAGAAGCAGGCGAUAAAGUGGCGGUUCGUCGAAAGCGUCGUCGAUCUCAAGCCGGCUUCGGCUGAAGGCCGUCCUGCUGGCCGACGCAAUAUUCCAAAUCAGCUUUAAUUGUUUGUUUGUUUCUUGGUUCCUUUUUAAGAUUUUAGUUGUUAAACUGUACAAAUAUGCUCUUUACUGUUUCUUUCCAAGACAGGUUGGUUUGGGAAAAUAAUAAAAACAAAGCAUUCAUCUCUU